UCUCCGCGCCGCCUGCGCUCGCCAGCGCCGACACCUGCAGCAUUGCGUCGGUGGCUGAGGCUUUGCACAGCUCUGUGCAUUGUGCUGGGGGCGUUGCUCUGGUGCUGAGGGCAUGCGUGGUGCUGGGAGCGUUGCAAUGAUGGCCGAGACCAUGCACAACUCAGUGCACGGUGCUGGGAGCGUUGCAGUGGUGCUGGGAGCAUGCGCAGCUUUGUGUAUGGAUGGCGAAGGGGGUAUUUCAUUGGUGGCUGAGACCGUGCACAGAGCUGCGUAUGGUGCAGGGGGUAUUGCAUGGAUGGCUGAGGGCAUGCAUGGUGCUGGGAGCGUUGCACUGAUGGCUGAGACCAUGCACAACUCAGUGCAUGGUGUUGGGGUAUUGCACUGAUGGCUGAGACCAUGCACAGCUCAGUGCAUGGUGCAGGGGUAUUGCACUGAUGGCUGAGACCAUGCACAACUCAGUGCAUUAUGCUGGGGUAUUUCAUUGGUGGCUGAGACCAUGCGCAACUCAGUGCAAGGGUAUUGCACUGAUGGCUGAGACCAUGCACAGCUCAGUGCAUGGUGCUGGGAGCGUUGCACUGAUGGCUGAGACCAUGCACAACUCAGUGCAUUGUGCUGGGAGUACUGCACUGAUGGCUGAGACCAUACAUAACUCAGUGCAUGGUGCAGGGCUACUGCACUGAUGGCUGAGACCAUGCACAGCUCAGUGCAGGGGUAUUGCACUGAUGGCUGAGACCAUGCACAGCUCAGUGCAUUGUGCUGGGAGCGUUGCACUGAUGGCUGAGACCAUGCACAGCUCAGUGCAUGGUGUUGGGGUAUUGCAUUGAUGGCUGAGACCAUGCCGGGCUCCAUGCACCAUCCCAGGGCACCGCGGGCCCCCCCAUUUUGGGGGCAGCUCUCACCUGCACCUCGCAGGCUGCCUGCAGGUGGAAGAUGCUGUAGAACGCCUCCUCGGCCGUGUCACCCAGCGCCAGCACCCCGUGGUUGCGCAGCACCAGGAUCUGCGGUGGCAAAGGAGCAUCAGCACAGCACGUGGGGCUGGGGGGGUGAACGGGGGGGGGGGGGGGUUUUACUGUGACCCCCCCCAGACCCACCUUGCAGGUGGGGCCGAGGCACUUCUGCAGCUCAACGCGGUCGGCUUCGUCCUCCACCUCACCGCGGAAGUCGAAGUAGGCGAUGUCCCCCAGCAGCAGCGCGGCGCGGGAGAUGGGCAGCACACCGCAGCGCAUGGCUGACACCUGGGGCACAGCAUGGCAUGGCAUGGCACGACACGGCAUGGCACGACACGGCAUGGCACAGCACGACACGGCAUGGCACAACACGACACGGCAUGGCACGGCACGGCAUGGCACAACACGGCACAACAUGGCACAGUGCGGCACAGCGCAACACAGCAAGGCAGAAUGUGGCACAGCACAACACAGUGUGGCCCAGCAGGACACGGCACAGCUUGGCACGGCAUGGCACAGUGUGGCGUGGUGAAGUGUUGCACAACACAGUGUGGCACAGCUUGACACGGGAUGGAACAGUGUUGGCACAGUGUGGAACGACACGACGUGGCACGGCGUGGCACAGAACAACGUGGCAUGAAGUGGCACAGUGUGGCACAACACAGCAGAGGGUGGCACAGCAAUAUGGCACAACACAGCCCAAGGUGGCACAGAGCAAUAAGGCACAACAUGGCACAAGGUGACACAAUAUGGCACAGUAUGGCACAGCACAGCCCAAGGUGGCACAGAGCAAUAAGGCACAAUAUGGCACAAGACAGCAGAGGGUGGCACAGCAAUAUGGCACAACACAGCCCAAGGUGGCACAGAGCAAUAAGGCACAACACAACACAGCCCAAGGUGGCACAGAGCAAUAAGGCACAACAUGGCACAGCACAGCACAAGGUGGCACAGCAAUAAGGCACAGCACAGCCCAAGGUGGCAUAGAGCAACAUGGCACAAUAUGGAACAACACAGCAGAGGGUGGCACAGCAAUAUGGCACAGUAUGACACAGCACAGCAGAAGGUGGCACAGCACAGCCCAAGGGGGCACAGCAGUAUGGCACAACACAGCAGAGGGUGGCACAGAGCAAUAUGGCACAGUAUGGCACAACAGAGCCCAUGGUGGCACAGAGCAACAUUGCACAGUAUGGCACAACACAGCAGAGGGUGGCACAGCAAUAUGGCACAGCACAGCCCAAGGUGGCACAGAGCAAUAAGGCACAACACAACACAGCACAAGGUGGCACUGAGCAACAUGGCACAACCUGGCACAGCACAGCACAAGGUGGCACAGCAAUAAGGCACAACACAGCCCAAGGUAGCACAGAGCAACACAGCACAGUAUGGCACAACACAGCAGAGGGUGGCACAGAGCAACAUGGCAGAGUAUGGCACAGCACAGCACAGGGUGGCACAGCAAUAUGGCACAGUAUGACACAGCACAGCAGAAGGUGGCACAGCACAGCCCAAGGGGGCACAGCAAUAUGGCACAGCACAGCAGAGGGUGGCACAGAGCAACAUGGCACAGUAUGGCACAACACAGCCCAAGGUGGCACAGCAAUAUGGCACAGCACAGCAGAGGGUGGCACAGAGCAACAUGGCACAGUAUGGCACAACACAACAGAAGGUGGCACAGCACAGCACAAGGGGGCACAGAGCAACAAGGCACAAGGUGGCACAAGGAGCCACAGAGCAAUAUGGCACAGUGUGGCACAGCACAGCAGAAGGUGGCACAGCACAGCAGAAGGUGGCACAGCCCAGCAGAAGGUGGCACAGCAGUAUGGCACAACACAGCCCAAGGUGGCACAGAGCAACAAGGCACAACAUGGCACAAGGUGGCACAAUAUGGCACAGUGUGACACAGCAAUGUGGCACAACACAGCCCAAGGUGGCACAGAGCAACACAGCACAGUAUGGCACAACACAGCAGAGGGUGGCACAGAGCAAUAAGGCACAACAUGACACAAGGUGGCACAGAGCAACAAGGCACAAUAUGGCAUAGGGUGGCACAAGGAGCCACAGAGCAACAUGGCACAACACAGCACAGCACAAGGUGCCACAGCACUAUGGCACAACAUGACACAACACAGCCCAAGGUGGCACAGAGCAAUAAGGCACAAUAUGGCACAAGGUGACACAAUAUGGCACAGUGUGGCACAACACAGCCCAAGGUGGCACAGAGCAAUAUGGCACAGUGUGACACAGCAGUGUGGCACAACGCAGCCCAAGGUGGCACAGAGCAACAUGGCACAGUAUGGCACAACACAACAGAAGGUGGCACAGCACAGCACAAGGGGGCACAGAGCAACAAGGCACAAGGUGGCACAAGGAGCCACAGAGCAAUAUGGCACAGUGUGGCACAGCACAGCAGAAGGUGGCACAGCAAUAAGGCACAACACAGCCCAAGGUGGCAUAGAGCAACAUGGCACAAUAUGGAACAACACAGCAGAGGGUGGCACAGCAAUAUGGCACAGUAUGACACAGCACAGCAGAAGGUGGCACAGCACAGCCCAAGGGGGCACAGCAAUAUGGCACAACACAGCAGAGGGUGGCACAGAGCAACAUGGCACAGUAUGGCACAACACAGCCCAAGGUGGCACAGCAAUAUGGCACAGCACAACCCAAGGAGGCACAGAGCAACAUGGCACAGUAUGGCACAACACAGCAGAGGUUGGCACAGAGCAUUAUGGCACAAUAUGGCACAACACAGCAGAAGGUGGCACAGCAAUAUGGCACAGCACAGCCCAAGGUGGCAUAGAGCAACAUGGCACAAUAUGGCACAACACAGCAGAGGGUGGCACAGCAAUAUGGCACAGUAUGACACAGCACAGCAGAAGGUGGCACAGCACAGCCCAAGGGGGCACAGCAGUAUGGCACAGCACAGCAGAGGGUGGCACAGAGCAACAUGGCAUAAUAUGGCACAACACAGCAGAGGGUGGCACAGCACAGCCCAAGGUGGCACAGAGCAAUAUGGCACAGUGUGACACAGCAGUGUGGCACAACACAGCCCAAGGUGGCACAGAGCAACAUGGCACAGUAUGGCACAACACAGCAGAGGGUGGCACAGAGCAAUAAGGCACAACAUGACACAAGGUGGCACAGAGCAACAAGGCACAAUAUGGCACAAGGUGGCACAAGGAGCCACAGAGCAACAUGGCACAACACAGCACAGCACAAGGUGCCACAGCACUAUGGCACAACAUGACACAACACAGCACAAGGUGGCACAGAGCAACAUGGCACAGUAUGGCACAACACAGCAGAGGGUGGCACAGAGCAACAAGGCACAACAUGGCACAAGGUGGCACAGAGCAACAUGGCACAAGGUGGCACAAUAUGGCACAGUGUGGCACAGCAAUAUGGCACAGCACAGCCCAAGGUGGCACAGAGCAACAUGGCACAGUAUGGCACAACACAACAGAAGGUGGCACAGCACAAGGGGGCAGAGAGCAACAAGGCACAAGGUGGCACAGCACAGCAGAAGGUGGCACAGCCCAGCAGAAGGUGGCACAGCAGUAUGGCACAACACAGCCCAAGGUGGCACAGAGCAACAAGGCACAACAUGGCACAAGGUGGCACAAUAUGGCACAGUGUGACACAGCAAUGUGGCACAACACAGCCCAAGGUGGCACAGAGCAACACAGCACAGUAUGGCACAACACAGCAGAGGGUGGCACAGAGCAAUAAGGCACAACAUGACACAAGGUGGCACAGAGCAACAAGGCACAAUAUGGCAUAGGGUGGCACAAGGAGCCACAGAGCAACAUGGCACAACACAGCACAGCACAAGGUGCCACAGCACUAUGGCACAACAUGACACAACACAGCCCAAGGUGGCACAGAGCAAUAAGGCACAAUAUGGCACAAGGUGACACAAUAUGGCACAGUGUGGCACAACACAGCCCAAGGUGGCACAGAGCAAUAUGGCACAGUGUGACACAGCAGUGUGGCACAACGCAGCCCAAGGUGGCACAGAGCAACCUGGCACAGUAUGGCACAACACAGCAGAGGGUGGCACAGCAAUAUGGCACAACACAGCACAAGGUGGCACAGCAAUGUGGUACAGUAUGGCACAACACAGCCCAAGGUGGCACAGAGCAAUAAGGCACAACACAACGCAGCACAAGGUGGCACUGAGCACCAUGGCACAACAUGGCACAGCCCAAGGUGGCACAGAGCAACAAGGCACAACAUGGCACAGGUGGCACAAUAUGGCACAGUGUAGCACAGCAAUAUGGCACAGCACAGCCCAAGGUGGCACAGAGCAACAUGGCACAGUAUGGCACAACACAGCCCAAGGUGGCACAGCAAUAUGGCACAGCACAGCCCAACGUGGCACAGAGCAACAUGGCACAGUAUGGCACAACACAACAGAAGGUGGCACAGCACAGCCCAAGGGGGCACAGCAACAAGGCACAACACAGCCCAAGGUGGCACAGAGCAAUAUGGCACAGUGUGACACAGCAAUGUGGCACAGCACAGCCCAAGGUGGCACAGAGCAACACAGCACAGUAUGGCACAACACAGCAGAGGGUGGCACAGCAAUGUGGCACAACACAGCCCAAGGUGGCACAGAGCAAUAAGGCACAACAUGGCACAACACAGCAGAGGGUGGCACGGCACGAUGGCACAGCAU